AUGGCGGCGUCAGAAGAGAAUAGCGCUUUGUUUCCCAUCUUUAUUUUGACGAUAAUGGCAAUUCCAUUGGUGCCUUACACCAUGGUGAAGCUAAGCCGUGCUGUCUCCAAGAAGCAAAGGAGCAUUCACUGCCAGUGUCUCGAGUGCGACCGCUCAGGGAAAUAUAAGAGAUCCUUAUUUAAAAAGAUCUCUAACUUCUCUACAUGGAGCAACUUGACACUUGUGCUACUUUGGGUCGUGAUGAUUUUCUUGAUUUAUUACACUAAGAACAUGAGCCGUGAGCUGUUAACACAUUUUCUUCUAUGUGCGUAUGUUGAUCUUGUGUAUUUGUACGCUGCAGAGGCCAAUAAAUAUUUUGUGGAAUCCAUAUCUAAAGCAUACCAGGCUUUGACUGAUCCGGUAUCCCGUGAAAACUUUGAGAAGUAUGGUCAUCCAGAUGGCAGACAGGGUUUUCAAAUGGGCAUUGCUCUUCCUCAGUUUCUCCUAGACAUAGAUGGAGCCUCCGGUGGCAUAUUACUGCUGUGGAUAGUUGGUGUUUGUAUUCUCCUGCCCCUUGUGAUUGCUGUUAUAUAUCUCUCGAGGUCAUCAAAGUAUACCGGGAACUAUGUUAUGCAUCAAACUCUUUCCGCAUAUUAUUAUCUAAUGAAACCCUCUUUGGCCCCAAGCAAAGUUAUGGAAGUUUUUACCAAGGCAGCUGAGUACAUGGAGAUUCCAGUUCGUAGAACUGAUGAUGAACCUCUGCAGAAACUCUUUAUGUCUGUCAGGAGUGAGCUAAAUUUGGACAUUAAGAACAUGAAGCAAGAGCAAGCUAAGUUUUGGAAACAGCAUCCUGCUAUAGUGAAGACGGAGCUGUUGAUACAGGCCCAGUUAACUCGUGAAUCAGCAGCCUUGUCUCCAGCCCUGCAGGGUGAUUUCAGGCGUGUGCUAGAGCUUGCACCUCGCCUACUUGAAGAGUUAUUGAAGAUGGCGGUUCUACCACGCACUGCCCAAGGGCAUGGUUGGCUGAGACCUGCCGUGGGAGUAGUUGAGCUAUCUCAAUGCAUUGUUCAGGCUGUUCCCCUGAGUGCAAGGAAGUCUUCUGGAGUCUCGUCGGAAGGAAUUUCACCUUUCUUGCAGCUCCCUCAUUUCAGUGAUGCUGUCGUAAAAAAGAUAGCGCGGAAGAAGGUUAAAUCAUUCCAGGAGCUUCAAGAAAUGAGCUUAGAAGGCCGUUCUGAGCUGCUGAGCCAGGUAGCGGGUUUGUCAGCAACUGACGUUGAGGACAUUGAGAAGGUACUAGAGAUGAUGCCGUCUCUGACAGUCGACAUAACAUGUGAAACAGAAGGAGAAGAGGGUAUACAAGAGGGAGACAUCGUGACCCUUCAAGCUUGGGUGACCCUGAAACGACCCAAUGGGCUCAUAGGCGCUCUUCCUCACGCACCCUACUUCCCCUUCCACAAGGAGGAGAACUAUUGGGUUCUCCUAGCGGAUUCAGUGUCGAACAACGUGUGGUUCUCUCAGAAGGUUAGCUUCAUGGACGAAGGUGGAGCGAUAACGGCUGCAUCGAAAACCAUCAGUGAGACGAUGGAAGGUUCGGGAGCAGGGGUGAGGGAAACAAACGAGGCAGUGAGAGAAGCCGUUGAGAAGGUCAAAGGUGGGUCAAGACUGGUGAUGGGUAAACUCCAAGCACCCUCGGAGGGUACAUACAACUUGACUUGCUUCUGCCUGUGCGACUCAUGGAUCGGGUGUGACAAAAAGACAUCACUGAAAGUCAAAGUCCUGAAAAGAACCCGGGCUGGGACACGUGGAUUGGUUUCAGACGAGGGUGCGAUUGCAGAGGAAGGUAUGGAGGAGGAAGACGAGAUUGAAGAGGAGGAAUACGAUGAUUAUGAGAGCGAGUACAGCGAAGAUGAGGAUGACAAGAAAGAUAUGGAUGAGAAGAGAGGGUCGAAGAAGGCCAAUGGGACAGUGAAGAAGCAAGAGUCGAGUUCUGAAGAGUCGGGAUCGGAGGAAGAGUGA